GCAAGGAAAUUCUCCAAGCAUCAAUUUGGCCUGCGAGCGCCUAGCAGCCGUGGCAAAGAUGUUGCCAACUCGAAUGAUUUGCUGGUUCUCCUGACUUUCAAUUUUGGAUUCGACACAGGCAUCUUCUCUGGAGAGAAGCAUCGCGUAAACUUGGCAGGGAUCUAUAUCGGCCUUGCCUGCACAGGGGCGCGACCGGCCGAGUUUGUGGACAAUGAGAGAAAGCGUGGCAAGGAUCUGGAAGAGCUCUUUCCGCGAAAACCCAGGGGAGCUGCUGAUGAAGACGAGAAAUCCGGGUGGCUUGAAAAGCAACUCACAAGAUUUACCAUCGACCGUGGACGUCCAAAAGCGCUAUGUUGGGAGGAUAUCCUGCUUAUGGUCGUGCGCCAUCCAGCCACCGGCGAGGAUAUUCUAGCGAUGAGUAUCAAGUUUGCACACCACAAGGGGGCAGACAACAAACCAAAGGUUAUCGCGGACGGCAUCAACAACAACCGUACGGCCAUCAUCACGAUGGGCUGUGGGACGACGGUGACUUCCAAAAGAGCAACACGAUCAAUUAGUACCGGGUCGUCUUCGUACAGGUUUGGAGGACUCGUCAGCUUAACUAUCCAUACCUUCGAGCAAAACGUUGAGUGCCUACCUCGGAUUGUGUCAUGA